AGCUACCGACCACCAAGGCACUCGUUCUCCCACCGGAAAUAUCAGACAUCGGAAUCCGGCUGAUCUUCGAUGGACGAUCAGUUCUCCCACCGGAAACCAGCUGAAAAUCCCGAACACGGGGGCCACCAUGGGCGAAGAUCCCCAACAGAACUGCUAUCCAGCGCCAAGGUGAUUGCGGAAGCAGGGCAGGCAGCCUACGGGCGCCAGAUGGACAAGGUGGACAAGGCAAGAGUGGCCGGUGCGGCCGAGGACCUGCUGAGCGCGGCCAACCAGUACGGUAAACUGGAGGAGAGGGGCUUCGGCGAGUACGUGAAGAAGGCGGAGGGAUACCUCCAUAGCUACCAUUCUUCAAGCCCCGGCGACGCCCACACUGCCGGCUCAGGUGGCGCCCACCACUCAUCGGCAGGCACCCAUGAAACGACUACCCACCAUGGGGAACCAGAGGAAGGCGGAUCGGGGGGUUAUGGUGACUAUCUCAAAAUGGCUCAGGGAUUUCUUAACAAACCUGCACAUGAAGGUAAAUCGGAAGGGGAAUCUGGUUAUGGGGACUACAUGAAGCUGGCUCAAGGUUUCCUGAAGAAAAACUAGAUUCUGGGUCUCUUCCUCUCUCUCUCUCUCUCUCUCUCUCUCUCUCUCUCUCUAUAUAUAUAUAUAUAUAUAUAUAUAUAUAUAUAAUAUAAACGGGAUUAUCAUAAAUAAACCUUGAACACCAAGUUUGUAUUUUCAAGGUCUCUGCAAUUCCCUGAGUAAUUGCAAGGACGAUUGAUCUUGUUGCUGUUGUAGUUUGAUCUAAAACUGUGUGUGGACUCAGCCUGAUCGUGAAUAAUAGUUGAGGAAGGUCUGCCUACUUUAA